AUGAUGGUGAAAGACAAUGAAUAUCUGAAAUCGAUUGUCAUGUUCAACGUUGGAGGUUCAGUUGACUUAUUUGAAGUCUUUCAUUUGGAUCAGCACAGCAAUUUGUAUAUAUACGUGGUAGACAGUCAUCGUCCGUAUCAUCCGUCCAAUGUGAGAAAUGCUCAGAGCGUAUUUCUGUUAGACGAUAGUACAGACACGGGUGUGUCUUGCGACGUAAACGAAGAGGAAAUAAGGGAAUUGGCGUGUAGCAGUGGGGUAUCAACAGAUGAAGAGAUGGAGGUGAGCGAAGAUACGGACGAAGAAUCUCAGAAACAUUGGUACAAGAAAUUAGAACAGAAGUUAGGCCCGAUAGUCAUCAGUAGUUCCCCUUCGCAUGGAUUUGCGUCUUCUGGGUUGGCUUAUGCAUUGUCCUCUCAGUUAGGAUUGGCAAGGAAUGAACUACUUUGGUAUUCAAUACUAGGGCUGACAGACCAGUUCAUACACUAUCGCAUUGAUCUUACACGGUAUCGCGAGGAUUUCCGAUUUUUUCGAGAAGAAGUUUUGAACAAAAACGUACAAGAAGCUGAGUUUACCACUCAAAAAAAUUGGGAUCAUCCGCAUCGCAUUUUGUGCGUUGACAACGAAUACACAUUUGUUUUGUAUCGAUACUGGAGUUUAUACGAAAGUAUUUGUCAUACACCGUCGAUUGCAACGAAGCUGAGGAUAUGGAAUCAGCAAGGGAGGAACAAUUUGGACCGAUGGAUGGCGAAGAUGGGCCUACCUCUGGAAGAAUGCAAACAAAGGUAUUUGGCGAUGAAAAAAAAAUUUAAAAAAAUGCUCCCAGAGGUGCUAGAAAAAUAUACACCAGAAUUCAAUGUUGGCCCAUACUAUUAUCCUAGUUUUUUGAAGAACCCUUCUCAUGACAGAGAAGUCUCAGCAUUUGAUGCUGUGUAUGGGAUGACUGCAUUACUUGGGUCUGGAGAAAGAUGCAGUGAAGGUGACGAAGAAAAGGAGUUGAAUGGUUUUUGGAGUGCAUAUUACAGUGUAUCCAAUCGAGGAAUCAGCAUGUUGGAAAAAGGCAUUGAAAGGGCUAUUGAGGACAAAAAGGCUGUUGUCAAACAGGUGCAAAGCAUUAUACAAAGACGUCAAUUUUCGAAGUCUGAAAAUUACCAAUAUGCAUUUUUGAAUGAUAUCAGCGAAUCAGAAUAUCUCAAUCAUCCUGCGAUAUUGAAUGAAUUAGCGUAUUUUAUGGCGGGUGUGAUGGCAGAGAUGUACAAGCCCAAGCCGUUUGUACUUGCUGCCAAAUUAACAAAAAAAAAUAUAUGUAUCGUGGUCGGAGUAGAAGGGUGUUGCUCAUAUACGCCGAAUCGGUUCGGAAGGGUGUUUGUUGAAGCGGCUGUUAGAACAAACACGAAAAUCACUUAUCCAACUCUAGACACUACGACAGUUCAGUUGGCAGGUGAAGACUUUGAUCGAUUUACCGAAUAUUUGAGGUCAGGUUUGAUUUUAGAUUAA